AUGGUAUGUUUGAUGGCGGCCGUAUCUAUUGUAAUGUUUCACCAUAAUAAAGCAGAGUCCAGCAGAAGAUUGCAGGGUCAUCGUGCUUUAGUUUUACAUGUGACAAAAGUAUUUUGCAAGACAAGAUUUUUAAUUCAUAAUAUUAUUGAAUCAAAACAUCAUAAUCGUUGUGGACGUGUAUGGGCCUUUCCUCGCAUGAAAAACAUUUUGGACAGUGAAUUCACUGACUUGAGCGAAAAAAGAUGGCUGGAGAGUUAUCGUUUACCAAAGCGCCUAUUUCUGAAACUAGUAAAUUCGAUGCGUUUACUUGGUCGACAAUCCACAAGGCUGCGACCUGCUAUACCAGUUAACAUCAUUGUAGCAAUGAUGUUAAAAAGGCUAGGAAAGGGUCUUGAUUAUCGAGAAAUCGGAGACAAAUUCGGAGUAGGAGCGUCAACAGCUUGUACAAAAGUCAACGAAGCUCUGAGAUUUUUGAUACGUACAAAAAAAUAUAUGUUGAAUCGUUUACAAGAGCGUAGAAAUUUAAAAGAAAUAGUAGAUGGCUUUGCCAAAAAGUGGAAUAUCCCCCAGUGUUUAGGCGCAGUAGAUGGCACCCACAUCCCUAUUAGGGCUCCUGUAAUGCAUCAUGCUGAUUACUUCAACGGAAAAUUUUUUCAUUCUGUAAUUUCGCAAGCUGUUUGUGACAGUGAAUGCCACUUUACAGACAUUUUUGUUGGCUGGCCUGGCAAAUCCCAUGACGCACGUGUUUUCAGCUGUUCAAACAUUGGACAAAGAACCAUUAAUGGGAAUUUAAUCGAGGGUGGUACUUUAACCAAACAAAUUAAUGGAAAAAACAUUGAACCGUUCCUUAUCAGCGAUCCUGCUUAUCCUUUACUGAAACACCUAAUGAAAAACUAUGCUGGUGCUAAUUUGGGACAUGAGAAGGAAUAUUUCAAUUAUAGGUUAAACCAUGCACGCAUUCAAAUUGAGAGAGCAUUUGGCCUUUUGAAAGGUCGCUGGCGAUGCCUUCUACAUCCUUUAGAAUGUGACAUUGAGAAGGUUUCACUCCAUGUUACUGCCGCCUGCAUUUUGCACAAUAUAUGUCAGGAAGGUAAUGCUGAGUAUCUUCAAGAAUGGGAUGACAGGAAUAAUGAUGAUUUGGAUUACCAUUCAGAAUCAAAUUCAACAAGAGAGGAAAAUGAAACUGUUGAAAAUGGUGAAGAUAUUAGAACAGUACUAACUCAUUAUGUCUCUCAUUAUUGA